AUGCUAUCCUACACGCCUCUGUCUCCCAGUGCACAAACUAAAGCGGCAGCAGGGAAAGAAGAUGCUGCUGCUUCUGCUGCUGCUGCUGCUGCUGCUGCUGCUGCUGGAUCAGCAGCAGCAGGAGAAGAAGCGUCUGGCGCUGCUGCUGAUGCUUCUGCUGCAGCAGAAGAAACAGCAGCAGGAACAACUGCAGCAGCAGCAGGAGCGGAGAUGCAGGCUGUGGUGGGGCGCGUUAGUUAUGUGCUGCUGGUGACGCACAGGCCGCGGGGAAGUGCAGCAGCAGCAGCAGCGGGAGAAGCUGCAGCAGCAACAGAAGAGGAGUUAGCAGCUGCAGCUGCAGCAGAGCAGCAGCAGCAGCGGGAGAAGCUGCAGCAGCAACAGAAGAGGACGAGCAGCAGCAGCAGCAGAUGUGUGCAGCAGCAAUACGAAGAGCAGCAGCACAUGACCCCUUCUCUCCAUCCGCAGCAGCACGCGCUGCUGCCUCUUUUGAGAGAAUCACAGCAGCAGCAGCACCAGCAGCAGCAGCAGCAGAACCAGCAACAGCAGCAGCAGCAGCAGCAGCAGCAGAGAGAGAGAUUGCAUGCGCAUCACGCGCCACUUCCUGGCGCCCCCCUCUACUGUCGAUGCUCUCCUCGGGCUCGCGCUGCGCGCAUCACGCGCCACUUCCUGGCGCCCCCCUCUACUGUCGAUGCUCUCCUCGGGCUCGCGCUGCAGCAGCAGCAGCAGCAGCAGCAGCGGCAGCAGCAGCAGCAGGGAGAAAGCAGUUCAGCUGCUUCGGCUGCUGAGCCCUCGGUGGGGGGUGAUGGGGCCCCCUCAUCUGGCGAUAUAGAAGCGGCUGCGCUGCAACACUUGCUGCAGCAUGUGGUGCCUCUGCUCUCUCCAGCCCAAGUAGAACGCAGCCGUGCUGCUGCUGCUGCUGCUGCUGCUGCUGCAGCCGCAGCAGCAGCAGCAGGAGACAGAGCCGUGCUGCAGCAGCUGCUGCGCCCCGUGUUAGCUGUAGACACGGGGCUGUGGGGCGGCGCUGCUGGGGGCUUCGCUAUGCAGCACGGGGGGCUGCGCACGGCGUUGUAUGUGGGCCCCUCGAACUUCACUCUAGAGAUUAAACCCCUUCUCUUAUCUGCUGCUGCUGCUGGCUGCUGCUGCUGCACUGACACGGGGGCCCCCAGGCAGCAGCAACACGCUGCUAGUUCCAGGGGGGCCCCACACCAGCAGGGGGGCCCCGCAGACCCUGUCCAUGCAGAAGAGGGCUCAACGGGCCUGGGCGGACAGAAGGAGGGAGGGGAAGGGGGUUCUGCUGCUGCUGCUGCUGCUGCUCCUGCUGCUGACACGGGGGGCCCCAGGCAGCAGCAACACGCAGCUAGUUCCAGGGGGGCCCCACACCAGCAGGGGGGCCCCGCAGACGCUGUGCAUGCAGAAGAGGGCUCAACGGGCCUGGGAGAACAGAACGAGGGAGGGGAAGGGGGUUCUGCUGCUGCUGCUGCUGCUCCUGCUGCUGCACUGAUGCUUGCUGCGCACUACGACUCUGCUCCGUCUUCGCCUGGCAUCAGCGACGACCUGGGGAUGUGCGCGGUGGCUCUGGAGGUGGCGCGUGCUGCGGUGUACAGACACCUGAGAUAUGUACACAGACAGCAGCAGCAGCUGUGGGGCCUGCAGCAGCAGGAUAUGCAGCAACAGCAACAGCAACAGCAACAAGAUCAAUGCCUCGCUGCUCCCCUCAUUGUUAACCUCAACGGGGCCGAAGAGGUGAUGCUGCUGGCUGCGCAUGCAUUCGCCUCGCAGCACCCCGCUGCUCGCCGCGUUCGUGUUGCUGUUAACUUGGAGGCUUCAGGCUCCCGCGGGGGCUCAUACCUGCUGCAGGCCCAUCUGGGGCUCCUUGACGGCACUAGCGGCCCCGCUGGUCGUGCAGGGGAGGCGCUGCUGCACACGGACUUGCUGCUGAAUUUCGCGGUGUUGCUGCCGGUGGUGUUGCUGCUGCCCGCUGUUCUCUGUCCCUCAAUAUUCUAUUUGUUGCACUGCUCAAAGCGCCCCCCCCACCACGGCCUGAAGGCAGCCACGGCCCCUCGACCUGCAGAGGAGAGCCGCUGGCGCUAUAGGGGGUUGUGGGUAGCUGCUGCUGCAGUGGCUAUUGCUGUUGCUGUUGCUGUUGCUGCGCUGAACACUUCGCCAGUGCUUCUUCCUCCCCUCGUAGACGUGCCUUUGGAGCAGCAGCAGCGAGAGGCUGAGGGUCGCCAGUCUGCUGCAACACGAAGUGAAGAAGGCGGCACAGAAGGAUCUGUCGUACCGUUGCUGCCCGCCUCAACAGAAGAAGAGCUUCGACAGCAGCAGACGCACUCCCAGUCGAAGGCACACCGUUCGCUCCUAGCUCUGCUGCCCUUCAGCCUUGGCCACUACAUUUUGCCUUCUCAGGGCUUCCCCUUCUCCCCAGAGAGGCCGCUACAGCUGCACUUUGUUCUUUUUAGACGCGCAAAAAUCACCGGCUUACCUUCCCCCUCCAGCAGCAGCGAUAGCAGCGAAAGAAACGACACAGACAAAGGCCAAGACCAGGCAUCGUUCGCAACUGAUACAGAAGAAGCAGCAGCAGCAACAGCAGAAGCCGGAGCAGCAGCAUCAUCAAGUACCUCACGCUUUGCUCCUGAGUUGGAGCCUUUCUCGGUUACGCACUACACUCCUCCCCUCGUGCGCCACUCCACCCAAGGCGUUGCUGUGAUGGGUUUGGGGCCGCAAGUGUUUUGGAAUCCAGCGUUUGCUGACGCUCCUCAUGUGCUCUCUACAGUGCGUAGCGCCAUGGUGGCUGCUGAAGCAGCAGCUGCCUUCGACUCUCUGAAUGAAACCCCAGAAACUUCUUCUUCUUGCAAUUCAGCUGCUACAGGGGACUUGAAACAUAUCAACAACACGGGGACAAAUUCACGUGAUACAGCAGGUGAGGGUGCUGCCGCUGCAGCAAUCGACAAGAACGCGGUUGCAGCUGAAAAAGAUAAUAACGGCAACAAUUCGGGUGAUAAUAGAACGUCUCGAUGCUCGGAAGCAAAACCACAACCCUCGUUUCUUCUCAUGGAAGAAUCCCCUUCACAGAAAGCCCCCUUGACACUCGCCCACCUCCAUAGGUUGAGCACAACUCGCACGCAUUGGAGUCUGUACACGGAUUCACAGGCGUUUCUCCCUCCACCCAAGCCCACGGGAGGUAGCCGCGUGUUUAGCCAUGGGCUCCGAGGCGAAUUGGACAUACACUACGAGUGCGUUGCCGAGGCGAAUGACGAAACGCGCCUGAGGCUGCUCAUCGGAGGAGCUUCGCUGCUGGCUCUUGCGCUGCCGGCCGCCGGCCUUAAAAGGUGGAAUUUGGAACGCCAGGCACCGCUGCGGCGGCUUCAGCAGUGCGAUUGCUACAUCAUCACUCUAGCCAACCCAUUGCCCCCCGUCAUGACGAAACUUGAAUUCUUCUUUCAUGGGCACAUACCGGUCCGUUUCACAACGCGUUCGGGUUUGUUCGACGUAACGGCACCAAACACAGCCUGCGCAGAAACGCCAUUGUUCAGGGCUGUUCAGCACUUUCCCGCUCCUCCUCCUCGUGCCCAGGCGGAAGAUGAUCGGGUUUCGCACUUGAAAGCUGCGUCAGAAGGGGGUAAGGCCGACGGCGGUACCCUGUAUCUUGACAAAGCGUCUGAGUCUGGGAUCCCCGCUCAGAGUCCCCUCGAUACUUUUUGGGAGAGGCUACUCAAUGCGCUGCCGCCGCAUAUAGCUGCGGCCGGCAGUUAUGCCGAUGCAGCGGAGUGGGAUUUGCCGCCUGCACCGUUUUCCGCGAAGUUUGCUUUCGACUGA